UCUGACAAGCAGAUAAACAUCUAUCACCUCUUUUCUGGUGUGCCCGUAAGCACAUUGUUCGGCCAUUCGGAGCUCGUCAGCGGUCUCCUCUUCCUGCCUGAUCUGAGGCACCUGGUGAGCAUCUCCGCGGACAGCUGCAUUUUUGUCUGGCGCCUGGCUACCGAAAUGACUGCCCUGAUGGUGGAACGUCGCAAAAUCUGCGCCUCCAUCCUCCUCGCACGGGAGGCGCCCAGUUUGCCUGGUCGCGGACCCGGAGGACGCUGGUUAAAGGCGGACGCGACAAGCGCGGGUGAUUUGGCCGUGGCUGAUCGGACAACUGCCCAGAAGUCCGGAUUGGCCCUAGAGCUGUAA